AGAAGACACGUGGCGGUCACGUGGGCAGCGCGCUUCCCAGAGUUCUUUGCGCCGCGCAUGCGCGCUGUCCUUUUCUCGUCCAGUUGCGGAUCGACUCGCAUCAUCUAAUCUCAUCAUGCAGCUGUUCCUGCGCGCUCAGACUCUGCACACGCUCCAUGUGUCCGCUCACGAGAGCGUCCGCGACCUGAAGGCUCGUGUUCAGGCUCUGGAGGGUCUGUCUGUGGAGGAGCAGGUGCUUCUGCUGGCUGGAGCUCCUCUGGAGGACGAUGCUGAGCUGCUGAGCUGCGGCGUCUCCGAGCACUGCACUCUUGAGCUGACCGCCAGACUUCUGGGAGGUAAAGUCCACGGAUCUCUGGCUCGCGCCGGGAAAGUGAGAGGACAGACACCCAAAGUGGACAAACAGGAGAAGAAGAAGAAGAAGACGGGCCGCGCCAAGCGUCGCAUCCAGUACAACCGGCGCUUCUACAACCGGCGCUUCGUGAACGUGGUUCCCACCUUCGGCAAGAAGAAGGGCCCCAACGCCAACUCCUAAACCAGCCCUAACGAGCCCUAACGAGCGAUUCCUCCGGAGGAACAAACACUCUUCCUGAUCUGCUUCAGAGAGAGUUUCACAAAGUGUUCCAUGGGUUUUCAAUCAGUUCGUGAAAAUAAAGAUGCAAUAAAUAAUA